AUGCUCACAUUGAUCGAGCCUCCAGGAAAGAAACGUGGCCAUUCAAGGGCUAACAAUCGAUCUGGACAACAUUUGCUAAAUUUUGGAGCUCCUAAUGAUGAUGACUUUGAAGAGGAGUUUGAAACCGUGCAUUCGGAACCGUUUGUGGCUAACAGUGUGAGUUUUCUAUGUUUUUUGUUGGUUUUUAGAUCUUGAUGAGAAUGCAUUCAGCCAGAGUUAGGAAUAUUUUAAGAACAUUUUACUGCCAGUUUUUAUAGAUUUAUAGCUACUAAACAAAAACUACUGUAAUAUAUCAAAUUUCAGUGGAUUGAAGAAAAACUAGUUGGUGGCACAAGUUCGGCCGACUUUUCUACAAAAUGGAAACGAGACUUUUCGCAACGGCCUACCUUUUGUGACGCAGAUCUUAGCUUACAACAAAUUCUCAGGGUAAGAUUCAGGUUUUUGAUUAACUAUUACAUAUAAAAUAUGGAUUUUAUCUUUUGUUACGUUUUUGAAGUGAAUUUUUAAAGUUUUUUUUCAGGGAAAUGCAAAGGGUAAUGUGAUUGCCUUGUAUGCCAGAUGUCUUGUACAAAAGUUGUUGUUCAAUUUGGGUGAAUUUGCUCAAUCACAUUCUUUGUUGGUCAUCCUCACUGUCUUUUCGGUAUUUUCAAUAUGCUCGAUUGGAUUACAGUACGUACGAAUUGAAACGGACAUUGUUAAGCUGUGGGUGUCGGGUAAGCGAUUACUAUAUUAGUUUUUUUUCAAGGUUGUGAACAAACUAUAAGAUUCAUGGGUUUUUUAGAAGGCGGCAGACUGAAUGAAGAACUCAAAUUCUUUGAAAGGGUUCAGGAUCGAUACGCUAACUUGAGCUGGACUGAAUAUGAUGAACAACAUUUUGUGCGCGAGUCGAAUGAUCCGUUGCUAAAACAAAUAAAAGAAGAUGAGAUCAAAACCAGUGACUAUCAAGUCUUGAUUCAGACCGUCGAUCAACCAGGGCAGAAUUUAUUGACCAAAAACGGACUUAAAACACACGUUGACCUUUUGAACACAAUUGUUAACUUACAGGUCACUCAUCUUGGAGUGUAAGUAUUUUUUAUUAUUUUCAGAUGAUUUUUUUUAAAUUUUAGUCUUUUUUUAUUUUUUUUAAGUUACAUUAUUAGCCAUUUGUAAGAUUUUGGAUUUAGGAAUUGGACUUUGUCGGACAUUUGUUUUAAACCUGGUGCUUUGGAUAUUAAUGAAGACUCGGUAGCCUAUCAAAUGAAGCCAGUGCUGGAACGUUUGAUUCCUUGUAUUUGGAUUACUCCGAUCGACUGUUUUUUCGAAGGAUCACAGCCAAUCGGUCCAAAUCCACCGAUUCGAAUGGACGAUAUGUUUUUGGCUCCAUUGCUAAAGUUAGCGGUACCUGAGCUGCAAGACGAGACGACAUGGGGUAAUAUCAAUCCAGAAUUGGUCGUGAGAAGACUUAAGGAUACAUUUGACUUGGGCACGAUGGCUAAUUUUUUUUCGAGAGUAAGAUUUGCUUUAAAACAGUAGUGGUUUUUAAGGUUUCCGAAAAAUUAUGUAUUAUUUAGGAAAAAGUUAAAAAAUUUUAUUGAAGUUUAAUAAAGCUCUUUUUAGACUGGAAUUGGCAAAGGAUACCUCGACCGGCCUUGUAUUGAUCCCUUGGAUCAAGCUUGUCCUGAAAAAGCCCCAAACUUUUACAAAACGUGUACGCCUAUGAAAAUGCUUCAGCUUUAUCUUAAAGAUCAAAACAAAACCUUGGAACAAGAGUUGGAGCCUUUUAAGGAAGCCACAGUAUCUGCGAGUGACAGUAGUUUAGGAAUUGGGGAUAUUUUCGGAAUUUUUAUGGCUCAACCUGAGAAAAAGAAGACUGAAAAUAUGACGGACGCUGAACUUUGCAAUGAAAAUCGAGCUGCUUUUCUAAAAUGGAUUCAAGCUGAUCAAUCUAGAGCUAAAAGAAUAUUGGGAGAACAGGUAUGACCAUUGGAAGCAGAUUUUUUAAGAGCUACACUAUUUUAGUUUUCAUAAGUUACAGUUGAAUACAUUAAAAAGUGUAUUCUAAUUUGUUUUAUUGCUACAGUUUUACAAAUUUAUGAGUGGUAAUUGAGGCCUUAUGUUUUUAGAACCUUCCGAAAGAACCCGAUUACGGCCAAAUAAUGCGCAAAGGAUGCAACGGAUUUGCUCGAGGUGUGAUGAACUGGCCCGUCGACAUGAUUCUAGGGAAAGCCGAGGACGAUGGCAACAAUUUUCAAGCUGAAGCUCUUCAAUCCGUCAUUUUGGUUGCGUCAGCGACAGAAGUGUACAAAAGAUUUAGUGGAAAAGACAAGAUUGAUCAGCUCCGAUAUUUGAACGAAUCUUCAGGCCUAUUAAGAAAUGCUACUGGCGAAUGGAGUCCGUUGUUGGCCAAGGAUGUGGUUACAGCAUGGCAGCGCGCGUUUACCGAUACGAUUUACAAUCAUCCGCUGAACUUUAAAGUUGUAAACGGUUCGACCGACAAGGUGGAGCAUCGAGUUGUCCAUCCACUGGCGGCUACGAGCAUUAGUGACAUGUUGGCGGAGUUUUGUGAUUUCAAUUACGGCGUUAUUGUUAUUGGUUAUGUUUUAAUGGUAAGGAUUUUUUAAGGGUUCUUAUUAUCAAUUAUUGGUUUCGCUUAAAAUUUUAAAAAACCAUUUUAAAUAUGGUAAAUCUUUGAACAAAAGGUGUUUGAUUUUUUAAACCGUACAUAAUAUUUUUAGCUGCUGUACGCCCUUUAUUCUCAAAUUCGCCGUGAAUCAUGUUGUUUGUUGGCCGCUGAAUCUGCCGUUGGAUUGGCAUUUGCCGGUGUUUUGACUGUGACUUUUGCUUCUGUUGCCGGAUUGGGUCUUGUCACUUGGUUUGGUGUCGAAUUUAACGCCGCAACAACACAAAUUGUGCCAUUUUUGACUCUCGGCAUUGGUGUCGACAAUAUGUUCAUGCUACUUCACAACUACCACAGAGUUUUUGCCGACGUGAAAAAGAAUGAGUUGGGAUUAUUGUUGAAAGAAACCGGAAUGUCAAUUCUUAUGACGUCGUCAAACAAUAUUUUGAGUUUUUUGACUGGCACUAUUCUACCUAUUCCAGCUUUAAGAUCGUUUUGUACACAAGUAAGUCUUUGUGAAAAUUAAGUUUUUUAGUUUAAAGCUUGUUACGUGAAAAAAUAUAUCGAAUUCAGGAUUUAAAACAUAAUUUUUUAGUCUUCCGUCCUUUUGUUCUUCAAUUUGAUUGCUAUCUUGACAGUGUAUCCAGCAAUCAUUGCGAUCGACAUACGAAGACGUAAAUCCGGCCGAAGAGAUGUGUGUUGUUGUCUGCAGUCUUCAAAUUCGGCCGAACAGGACAUGUACGACGAUCCGCCGUAUGGGUAUGAUUUGACUGGAGGGGUACCUACUGUACUCACGACAAAGUCACAUUAUCAUGGAUUAAUAUCAGUCGGUAAAGGGGACGACGAAGAAGCCGAGGAAAUUCAGCCUUGGAGUUUGAGGGCUUUUUUGAGGAAUUAUUACGUACCGUUUUUGUCCAACAACUGCGUCAAAGUAUGUUUUUUUCAUUUUUGAAACCUUUUAUGUUACGUUUAAUUUUUAAAAAAUGUAGGAUUAUUUUAACUACAUUUGUAAUUGUCAUUUUUGUUUAUUUGUAAUAUUUUCAGUUUGGAAUAAUUGUCUUAUGUGCUAGUUUGUUUGUUGCUGGUGUUGCUGGAAUCAACCGUUCCACAAUGGGACUGGAACUCGGCGAUGUUUUACCAGAAAACACGGCUCCGGCAGCGUUUUUAAAGGCAAGGGAUUCGUAUUUUUCGUUUUAUCCUAUGAAUGUGAUCAUACGCGGUGAGAACGUUGACUUUGCGGAGAAACAAACACAAAUCGAGCAACUACGAAACGAGAUUGCUAAGUCACAAUAUGUCGUCAAACUGGAGAACGGAGAACCGUCUGAACGCUACUGGUUGGGCAUGUUCAGACAAUGGCUGCGUGGGCUUCAGCAAAAGCUUGACGAAGCCCGAGAACAAGGAAUUUUGAAGGACUUCGACAAAAAUAAUGCUACAAAAUCGCCCGAACUUAAAAUUGCUUACUCAUUGGCAUGCAGCUACGGAAAACAUUACGACUGUAGUCGCGUGGAUAGAAUUAGGCUGAUUGAUGAUUCAGACACCAUUAAUACUGAAGGGUUCUACAAUUAUUUGUACGGUUGGCACGAAUACGAACAAAUGUUCUACACCGUGAGUCAGGCCAGCUUCUAUCCGCCGUUGAGGAAGCUGAAGCAAGGCCCAAACAACAACAGAUACCGAUACUUUGUGCCACCAGCACCAAAGCCGGUGUACUCGCAAAUACCGUUCUACCUAAACGGUUUGAAGGAUACGACGACGAUUGUUAAUAUGAUUAAAGUAAGUUAAUUUCAGGUUAAAGAAAAGUUAAAAAAUUUAACGUAAUUAAAAACGCUUUGACAAUUUGUAGAAUUCGAUUUUACGAAUUACACUAACCUUUUUUUAGGAGAUCCGCGCGAUCUCGGACAAUUACACGCACUCUGGUCUACCGAAUCAUCCGUCCGGAAUUGCGUUUACUUUUUGGGAACAAUAUCUGGACCUGAACUACAAUCUCGUUAAGGCCAUCACCAUCAUCUCUAUUGCCGUUUUUAUUGUUGUGUCGAUUCUGUUGUUCAACCCAUGGGCCGCGUUCUGCAUUGUAAUCAUUCUCUUUUUGAUGACAGUGGAGUUGGCAGGCUUCCUGGGUUUCUACAAUAUCAAAUUGAAUCCGGUGUCGGCGGUCAGUUUGAUUACUGCUGUUGGAAUUGGUGUUGAGUUUACAGCACAUGUGGUGUUUGCCUUCUUGACGUCGUUGGGAACUCGAAAUGAACGAAUGGCUUCGGCGAUUGAUCAAGUCUUCGUGCCAGUCAUUCACGGCGCGUUGUCCACGUUGCUUGGCAUUCUGAUGUUGGGUUUCAGCGAAUUUGAAUUUGUGGUCAAGUACUUCUUUUUAGUAAUGAACGCCUUAAUCAUACUCGGGUUGAUUAACGGCUUAAUGUUACUGCCGGUGUUGUUAUCCAUUAUUGGACCAGCUUGCGAGGUAAAGUUGACUUACUUAAAAACUUUUUGUUACAAGAUCUAAUUUUUAGCAAUUUUAGUUUAUUAUAGGAAUGUUGUAUAUUUUAAAUUAGUUUUGUGCGUUUUUUAAUAUUGACGGCGUUUUUUUAGUUAACUCCGCGUGACUUCUCUAAUCGCUUGCCAGUACCGCCGCCGUUGGAGCGCCGUGGUAAUCAAUCUUCAAAUCGACACGGAAUCUUACGCGUAACAUCGUAA